AUGAACGAUUUCAAGUGUUGUUUCCGACUUGAGACUGAUUCGAUCGUUUUCUUCCCUUCCCUCCCCCCUCUUUCCCUUGCUCGCCCUCUUUUUCUCGCCUAUCCCCUCAACCCCUCCUCUCUGUCUUUGUAUUUCUCCAGAGAUGAUUUCGAGGCGGAUCUGAUAAAGAUGACGUUUGAGGCGGAUUUGAGCAACCACGACAGGGCUGUGGUGCAUGAGCUCAUCCCCCACAGCCCUGGGCUGGGCUGUCAGAUGACGUUUGAGGCGGAUUUGAGCAACCACGACAGGGCUGUGGUGCACGAGCUAUGUCGAAAGAUGGGUUUCGUCUCUAGAAGUCGCGGGAAACAAUCUAACCGUCGACUGACAGUCUACCGAACCUCCCGACAUAAGCUCACCGGAGGACCAGGUUUGGACUCCACCGGGCCUGCAGCAGAAUCCCUCCCGAGCCUGACUCUUUCGUCCGAGUCCGAAGCUGCUGUGCUGGCGCUACUGCUGGCCCACCCUCCCACGGAGCUGGAGAUGACGUCAGCAAUGCAGGCAGGGGGGUACUUGGCGGACGCUGCUGCAGGAGUGGGACGGGCGCAGGGGAAAGGGGCGCCUGGCAGGGGGAAAGGCGGAGGUGGUCAUGGGGAUGAGGAGGAGGAGAAAAUCACACAGAAGCGGCAGUCACUACCCAUCAUGGCGUAUCGGGAGGAGAUCACGCGGGCGAUAGAGCGGCACCAGGUGGUGCUGAUAGUGGGAGAGACCGGGUGUGGCAAGACCACCCAGGUGCCCCAGUUUAUUCUGGAUCACGAGUGGGGGAAGGGGAGACGCUGCCGCGUGCUCUGCACCCAACCCAGGAGGAUUUCCGCCACCUCUGUGGCGGAGAGGAUAGCCGGGGAGAGAGGGGAGAAGAUCGGGCAAACAGUGGGGUAUCAGAUCCGCCUGGAGUCGAAGGGAAACCGCUCCUCAUCCCUCUGGCUCUGCACCAAUGGCGUGCUGCUGCGCUGCCUUGUGGGGUUGGGGGCGCACUUGACCCACGUGAUAAAAGUAGAGGACGAGGUGCAUGAGCGCGAUAAAUUCGCAGACUUCAUGCUCAUCAUUCUCAGAGAUCUGCUACGCCUGCACCCCACUCUCAAGCUGGUGCUUAUGAGUGCAACCCUUGAUGCCGGGCUGUUCGCAAACUAUUUCGGGGGCUGCCCCGUCAUCAACGUCCCUGGCUUCACAUAUCCGGUGCGAUCACUGUACCUGGAGGAUAUCCUUCGCAUCACAAAUUACGGCAACAAUUUCGCUAGUGGGGCUUUCAAUAAGGGAGCACUGCAAGCCAUGGAUGUCGAAAGGGAAGCAGCACAGGCCGACGUGCGUGUGGGAGGAGGGGGUGAGGGAGCAGGAGAGGGAGAGGGAGAAGGUGAGGAGCAAGGAGAGGAGGAGGUGGAGGAAGGGGAGGUGGGGGAAGACGAGGAGGAGGAAGGGGAGGAAGAAGCAAGGGUGAAUGCGGAGGAGGAGGAUGAGGUGGAGGAAGGGGAGGUGAUAGGUCUAACAGCAAAGGACGCAGCAGCCAUGGAUGAGGCUAUAAGACUCGCUUGGAUGUUGGAUGAUUUUGAUGAUUUAAUGGAGCUAGUGGUAUCAGGGCAUGAGGAGGCGAAGCUGCAGGGAAUGAUGAGUAGAAUGAUGAUGGCAGCAGCACAGAGCAGCGGUGGUGGCGGUGGUGACGGUGGUGGUGGUGAUGGUGACGGUGGUGAUGGUGUUGGUGGCAAGGGGAGAGCAGAGGAGGUGGAGAUGCUGCUGUCGCUGGGGGCUGAUGUGACUCUCACAUCAGACGAGGGCAGCACGGCGCUUGACUGGGCGCGCAUGUACGGCCAUGAGGCUGUGUGCCGGAUUCUUGAGAGACACAUGGAGGCGCUGGGCUUGGGAAUGCCGGAGGAGGGGGAGGAGGUUUUUGAGGCGCCUCAAAAACGACCUCAAUGCUCGCUGGGCUUGGGAGUGCCGGAGGAGGGGGAGGAGGUUGAGGAGGGAGAGGAAGGGGAGGAGAGGGGAAUGGAUGAUGGGGAGGGAAUGCAGGAAGAGAAGGGCGAGAGGCAGGGAGAGGUAUCCAAGGCCGACGCAACAACUGAUGCCGUUGCUGCUGCUGCUGCUGCUGCUCCUGCUGCUGCUGCUGCUGGUGCUGCUGUGGCUGUGCCUGUGAGUGCAGAAGCAGCGAGGCUGGCAGCACAGGAGCAAGUGGCGCUCUCUUUAUACCAAGCGUCUGUGGAUCAUGAUGAGGUGGAUUUGGCCCUCAUCCACCUCCUGCUGACUAGGAUCUGCGUCAGCGCGGCAGAGCGGCCGGCAGCACUCACGAGCAGCAGCGCCUUUGCUUCCAGAAAAUCCCAACAGAUGGUGAAACAGGGAGAAGAGAAGGAGGGAGAGGAGGGGGAAGAGGAAGACGAGCUUCUAUCUCUCAUUCCGACUUACAGCAAGGAAGGCAGGGAGGGUGGAGGAGCAGGAGAGGCAGGAGGAGCAGCAGCAGGGGACGGGGGUGCAGGUCUGAACGGGCCAGACUGCGCUAUCCUCGUGUUUCUCCCGGGGUGGGAGGAAAUCUCCCGCCUGAGAGACCGGCUGCUGGGUUCCUCUGUGUUUGGAGACCCCACGCGGUUCCUGAUACUGCCGCUGCACUCGAAGAUUCCGAUGCCGGAUCAGCGGAAGGUGUUUGAGCGGCCGGGGCGGGGCGUGCGGAAGAUUGUGCUGACGACGAAUAUCGCGGAGACGGCGCUGACGAUCGAUGACAUUGUGUUUGUGGUGGACUCGGGGCGGCUCAAGGAGAAGAGCUACGAUGCGCACACGAAUGUGUCUACCCUGCAGGUCUGUUGGGUGUCCAAAGCUAGUGCGCGCCAGCGGCAGGGAAGGGCAGGGCGGUGCAGGCCGGGGGUGUGCUUCCAUCUCUUUUCGCGCACGCGAGCUGGGUCUCUGCCGGAAUUUCAGGCGCCGGAAAUCAAACGCACGCCCCUGGAAGAGCUUUGCUUGCAGAUCAAGAUUCUCAACCCUUCACUGGAUAUCCCUCUCUUUCUCUCAAAAGCCCUCGAGCCCCCGGUCCCCGCCGCAAUCACCAACGCUGUCGCCCUCCUGCAAGACAUCGGUGCUCUCGACCCCCACCAGUCCCUCACGCCCCUCGGGGCCCACCUAGGCGCCCUCCCCCUCCACCCAGUCACCUCCAAAAUGCUCCUCCACUCGAUUCUCCUGGAUUGCCUUGGCCCGGCUCUUACUGUCGCUGCUGCCAGCACCUAUCGGGAUCCGUUCCAGAUGCCUAUAGGGCUUGAUCAGAAGCUUAAAGCCAUUGCUGCAAGGCACGCGUUGGGGAAUUCCCUGGGCGGGUAUGGGGAUCAUCUCGCACUCAUUGCUGCGUUUGAUGGGUGGGCUGAUGCGAAGGCGAGAGGGGGGGCUCGGGCUGCAGAUGGGUUUUGCCGGCGGAAUUUCUUGUCGCCAGGUGCGGAGGAUGAGGAGGGGGAGGAGGAGGAGGGGCCAGUGGUGGUGCCGAAUCCCAAGAGUGCGAGGGAGAGGAGGCGGAAAUUGCAGGAGGAGGUCAUGAGCGAUCCUGGCCGUGAGAUCGUGAUCGUGAUCGAUCGAUGGCUGAGAUUCCGCACCACGGCCAUGCUGGCGGCUCAGCUGUUCUGCCUGAGGGAGAGGCUGGCCGCUUGCUUUGCCACCAAGGUCCAUGAUCCGAGGAAGCCGCUCCCUCCCCUCCAAGCACUGACGCUCUACACCAUCGCCUCCCUCCUCUCCUUCGAGAACUACUUGCUUCCACCUCCAGCCAGCGAAUCUGGACCCGCUGGUUCGGAAGAGGUGGUGGCUGGGGAGGAGGGAGGGGAGCAGGAAGGGGUGGUGGGCGGUUCAGUGCGAGGGGAAGGGGUAGGAGUGGUGUAG